UAAUCGUGCUAAUAGCCCUAGCGCUUUACGCCGGUACUGUAUUUGGAUUUAUGAUUUAUCUUUAAUUCAUAAUUCAAUAUUCAUAUUAUUAUUUAUUUCAUAUUUCAGUCUAUACUCUAUAGUUUAUACGACUAUACUAGACAGUAGUCGUCUUCAUAAAAUAUCGUAAUAUUUUACUCAUUGUUCGAGAUUUUCAAAGAAGAAAAUAAUUUGUAUAAAUUCAUAUUUCAUGUACCUACUACCAAUAUAAUAUUAUAUUAUAGACUAUGGUAGUGGUUGGACAGAAUAAUUCUGUCGUUACUAUUCGGAACUUUUUAUUUUGCAGCUGUGGACAAAAAAUAUUUUGAAGUAAUUUAUAAUAUUGUGAUAUGAAUAACUUAGAUUCUGACACUAGCUGUAAAUAUGAAGUACUUGCAGAAAUAUCAUUUCAUGCCAUUAAUUCAAAAAAUCAGUAUGUCAAGUUAUUAUGUAGUCGCCUUUUGGCCCGAAGUUAUUUAAAUAAAUUAGAGACAAGAUGUAUUAAACAGACGGUAUCUAAUGAAGAAGAUGAGUGUGCAAUUGUUCAGGAGCAGUUUACAAAUUUAAGUACUGAUGAAUCUCAACAACAUGCUGAAUGGUAUGCAUAUUGGGAAAAAAACGGUGAAAACUUUGUAAAUGAAUCUUGGAUAAAAUUGUAUGGAAGUUGCACAUUGGAUGAUCUUCCAACAGACCCCGAAGAGUUAUAUCAGAAUCAUAAGGAACAACAGUAUAAUUUGUUAUAUUGGAAGUAUAUAAAUGAAAUUGGUCCUACUGUUUCGGAAACUGAAAAGUCUACCUCUGAGAAUUCUGAGAAUGAUGGGUGGAGUCAUAGCAAUGAACUUGUUGAUGAUGAUCAUAUUACAAAUUUUGAAUUUCUUUACAAAUAUAAAAAUUUUCAACAAGCAAACAAUCAACUUUCCAAAGCUUAUCGGGCAAUAAGUAUAAUUGGAUAUAUUUAUAAUGAUCAAAAUAUGUUUGAUAUGGGAUUUGUUCAGUAUCUUAAGAAAAACAUUAUUAAAUCUACUCGUCAUCUAAAUGUGUACAGGUUUCCAAAGAUGUGUAAAAGAUCGACAUUUGAUGAUAACUUGUUAUUAAGUAAUUCUGACAAUUGUGUAAAGAGUAAAGUCAAAAAUAAAAAAGCAUUAAAAAAAAAAGAAUGGAAAGAUAUAAAAGAAAAAAAUAAUAUUGAAGAAAUGGAUAGAUUGGGCUAUAGCUAUUUGCAAAAUGAACCUAAAUUGUUGAAAUAUUGGAAAAAAAGAUAUUUGUUGUUUUCUCAAUUUGAUAAAGGAAUACAACUGGAUGAAGAGUGUUGGUAUUCUGUCACUCCUGAAAUAAUUAGCAUUCAUAUAGCUGAACGAUGUAGUUGCCAUUUGCUUAUUGAUCCAUUUUGUGGAGCUGGCAGUAAUGUUAUUCAAUUUGCUAAGACUUGUGAGCUUGUUAUAGCUAUUGAUAUUGAUCCAAAAAAAAUUGAAAUAGCCCGUCACAACGCAGAGUUAUAUGGUGUUGCAGAUAGAAUUCAGUUCAUCAUAGGCGAUUACUUUACUUUAGCGCCAACUCUUAAAGGUGACGUUGUGUUUUUGUCACCACCUUGGGGUGGACCUGAUCUUAUGGACCUCGAAGAGUACAAACUGAGUUACAUAAUGCCUGAGAAAGGUGGCAUAAAGCAAAUGAUGAGCUUGACGCGACAAAUAACAUCAAAUAUUGCGCUACAUUUACCAAAGAACACUAAUAUUUUUGAUUGUAUUCAAUCUGCAGAAGAUGGUUUUAUUGAAGUACAACAGAAUAUGCUUAAUUCAAGGUAUAACUCUUUAACAGCUUACUAUAGUGAACUGUAUGGACUCUGUGAUGAAGAUACUGGCACGUAUUAUGAUGGUUAAAGUUUAGAAACAACUAAUAUAAUAUUAAUGUUUUAUAUUAUGAUAUUUGAUACUCCACAAUUUUUUGUAAAUUUAGUGAGUUCAGUUUUCAUAAUAA